GUUAACAUUUCACCAUUAUUUAUACUCUCUUUUCCCCUCUCAAAUCCGCACUCCACCUCAAUACUCACACUUCUUCCUUACUUCUUCAUUCUUACAAACCACUCCUCACUCUUAGACUAUUACCACCCAAUUCAGUGAUUGUACGUACCUCAGAAUCAUUUGACUUUCUUUGUUCAUACUUGUUUGUUUUGUUAGAAAAUCCACGGGUCUCCUUCAUUUCGUUUGUCACCCUUACACUCCCGCUGUGCAAAGAAAAGACAGAUUAAUAACCGGCUAUGGAAGAAGGAAGGCAAUAUAGAAUGAAUCCGGAAGUGUUCCAAGCUGCUUCCACUGGUGACUCAAAUUUCUUUAAGGAGUUGGCAGAUUCCAAUAGUAGUACCUUUCUCCAAGUGACAAUCGGGAAGAACACUGUUCUUCAUGUUGCACUGCAAUUCAAAGAAAUUGACGCAGCAAAAAACAUAGUUAAUUUAAGUCCAAAGCUUGUGUAUGAAACAAACUCCAAAGGCAAUACUCCGCUACAUGUUGCUGCAAGCGUAGGAGAUUCUUCAAUGGUAAAGCUUCUAAUAGACCAGGCCAAAAAACUGGAUGUUGAAACAGGUGGCCGACAGCAACUUCUGAGCAUGGUGAAUCAAGAUGCGGAUACUGCCUUGCAUGUUGCUGUGCGAUAUGGUAACUUUGACGUUGUGAAAGAACUAAUUAAUGAGAAGGAUCCAGCAGAACUGGUUAAGCAGGUAAACAAAGUUGGGGAAUCCGCACUGUUCCUCGCUGUGGAUAAACAACAUUACGAGAUGGCUUCUCAUAUCCUAAGUAAUGAUGGAGACUGCUCCUACGCUGGAAGGGAUGGCAUGAAUGUCCUGCAUGCACUCGUCAUUCACACAAGUACUUACAGUGAGAAGGAUGAUUUGCUGCUCCAAAGUAACAUGAAGAAAUACGGACGUGCAGGUCCUGCAGGACAAUCUAGGACCCGUUUGAUGCGUGUUGUCCCUUCUGUAUGUAUUUAA